GACCUUCACUGCCCAAAAAGGAAUCUCAUCAAUACGAACUUUUGUUAUCGGAGAAAACCAUGAGUAAAGUCAAAGGAAUCUUCCCUUUAUUCUUAGCCACAGCCUUUGGUAUUGGUAAUGGCAUCUGGGUUUUUGGACCGGCGUUGAAAGAGCAACAAGAGAACAACUUGCAGGCAAAGGCUGCCUUUGAACGCCCAAUUCAAACCGAUGAAAGCGAGGUAGCUAGGAUGGCAGAAGUAGAAGCAAGUCGCGCUGCUAGUACGAAAACUUUGUUAAACCCAUCUAAGACUCCAGAGCUUUCUUGGUGGCAGUCUGCUAGACUCUGGACAGGUUCUCAGCCAAAAUCUAAUGGUAAAUCGGAAUCGGAACCGAAAGAACCGAUUUCUGAGGCGAAGAAAUCAUGAGCCUGUCAAGAUCUGUCUUCUACAUCUACCCUAUCAUCAGUGCUGGUCUCGAGAAGACAAAUUGGAGAGGGUGUUCUUUUGGGCUCGAAUCCUGCUGGAUUCAAGUCUGGUAUUUACUGUAACAUAGAGUGCUUACUCCCUGGCCAUAUAUCACACGUGGCCCUCACUAUCACAUGUGUAUUACUUGACCACCAAUCGUUCGGAGGGCCAGGUUCGUCAAUGGUAUAAUUCUCGCCAUGUAUAUAUAAGACGAGAAUAAAGAAUUCGUUCAGAAUGAGAACAUGGAGAGAGCCGUUUCAUUAAUUUGAGAGAUGA